AUAACUCAAGCAAAGCACAAAUAAUCAAUCAUACACAUAACCAAGCAACGGUAACCAAUUCGCUAAAAUACUUAAAAUCAUAAUACUUAAAAGAAUAUGUAAGGCGUAGAAUUUACCUUCUUAACACUCACCUGACUGUGUAGCUAAAUCCAUCGGCUUCAUGAACUAGGUACUCCAAAAUCCAUCGGCCUCUGUCUCUAUGAGGCAAAAUAUCAAACACCUUAAGCUCAAUUAUGUUACCUCCUUCUUGGUGUCGUAAGCUUGACUACAGUCAAUAUGCCAGUAUCCGUAUACAUUGGAAAACAGAGAAGCCACUUAUGCAUCAGAAAUUAGAGAAGCUCCCUAUGCAUAAAAACCAUUCGAGGGAACGAAGAAGAGGGGAAAUGGAGGACGCUAGAAGAGGAAUGAGUUACCGGCAGAUUUGGGCAUGAAGCGAAGGGAGAUGAAGAAGUAGCGACAACGCUGAGCUCCAAAAUUGAAAAAGCACUGGCGAGUCGAUCCAUAUUCCUUCAUCGUCUUCUGCUGCUUAGGAUUUCUAGCUUCUCAUCUCACAUAGACUGAAUCUAUCGGCAAAGCUCGCAGCUAUGGAACUCGCUUCGCAUUCGACAAUAAUUUUGGAUUUUUGUGCUAUGGAAGAAGAAGGGGAAGAAGAUAGAAGAGCGGUGUGGAGCUUGACUUGGGAUUUGUUUUCUUUCGACCCGAGAGCAAGUUGCUUUCGGUGGAGAAUUAAUGCGAGGGUUUUAUGGUGAGGCCAAGUGGGUAGGGUUCUAGGGUUUUAAUUAGUCACAGGGUUAUUUGUGGAAAUUCAUACUUGCGGGUGAGUUUAAUCCGAAACUCAAUUAAUGUCCGUAACCUUCUCAUUUUUUGUCGAAAUUCGACACCGCUUGAACCGAUAGUUCACAUUUUAAGUCCUCCUCGACAUUACGGUGAAACUUGACCCAAGGGUAUAAUAUUCAUUUUGACUUUUUGGAAGAGCGGGGUGUAACAUUUCCUCCACCCUUAUAAAAAUUUCGUUCCCGAAAUUUGAUCAGGCGCAUCCUUUCAUACUCCUCAUUCUCGUGCUUCUUUGGCUCAAGGUUUCACUCUUUCUAUAUGAACUUCAAUGGCGUGCCCUUACCUUGUCUUGAAUAGCUUACUAUAGUUCUUAUAUGUACUCUUGACCAUAACAGGUAUUCUCAUCUAGCUCGGUAGAAUCGAAUGGGUUUGAGUGAUUCAUUGCCCUUUUCAAAAUUUUCCAACUUGAGCCCACGGUGUGAUGGGACCAAUUUUGGCUCAAUUUAUUUGGUCCAACUGAUUCAGUACUUGAUGUUGAACCUAAAUCGAAGUCGAGGUAUCACAUUUCCUCCCCACUUAUCGAAAUUUCGCCUUCGAAAUUUGUCCACUGUGAUUACCCUAUGCAUCGCUUGUGGUAAUCCUUUUCAUUUCGCGGAUUUUUUAUUUCCUUCAACUUAUACGCCAUGACCUAAAAUCCUUCUCUCCAUUCCCUGCAACUUCAAUGUUGUUGUGGCUUCUUAACCCCUCACAUUACCUCGGUUGCACCUUGUACAUAAAUAGGAACGAUAACUAUCCAUUGUUGGGUACAUGAGAAGUUAAUGCCCCUCUCCAACCCCAAGUUCACUGACGGCGGCUUAUCCUCCAUCUAGUAAGGUGGUAAAACUUUUUUUUAACGUAACUCUCGUCUGGGGUUGACCUCAUAGGUGACCUAGGACGUUAUACCUCCUAACGUUGUAUCUCUUAAUUUCUUCCUUGAUGCUUCCCCUUAUCCUUUAACCAUAACUGAGUGGCCAUCUCCUCGUUACUUCUUGCUUAACUCUGAAACCUCAUAUUACAGCUUUUACCUCCUGUAUUCAUUAGAGGCAUCCUUUGCAUCUUUCUCUAGCUUGCGAUCACCUUUAUGAUUCCUUUCAAGAAUCAUGGCAUUCUCUCUGGCUUACUCGUUCACUCUUGGCGCCUAACCUAGCACUUACUUAUCGGUGCUUGAAUUUUAUGUUCUUGUACUAUCCAUUCUGCUACUCUUAGACCCUAGUUGAAAUUCCUCAUGCGGUUUACCCGUCCAGUAGAGUUUUACCCGAGAGAUUGACACCUUUCACCAACAUAGGCAACCUUGGUUUCACUUUGGGGUAUUCUAGCAGGUUCCCUAAACUUAUAUCCCUCUUACUUCAUUACUCGUGACUCUUCUUCUUGAUAUUACUCGCUCGUUCUAGAUGAUGUCCCUUAUUCUCGAUGUAGUCGUCUAGGUUCUCAUAUUUUUUUCUCACUCAUAUACCUUGACCGAUAAGGUUUUCCCUUCGACCGUUCUGGACCACCACACUUCUACUUUAAAGUUGACCAUUGAGCUUCUCAGUUCUUGAUGGGCUUCAUAUGGUCCAACUUAUUCUCCACUGGCAAUCACCUUAACGCCUCCUUGUUGAACUUCGUAUUCUUUCACCGGCUCUUCCUAACUAUCUUUCUCCCUGAAUUUGUCGUUUUAUAAACUACCGCCCUUUUCACCAUAACUUUCAUUAUAGCUUGUGGUUUCAUCCUUACUUCCACAACUCUUUCAUCGAUGCUUGGUACUAGCUUUGAUCUACUCAGUUUAGUAGCUCCUCGCCAUACCUCAGAGCCAACAUUUCCACUAGAAACUUUCUCUAGGUAGACUUGACAGAUGACACCCACGACUUCUACUCACGAUGGUGCUUGACCACGUCCCAACUAUCUUCCUUCACGCAUUCAUUGUCCGGUCGACACCACCUUUUUUAUUUCCUAUAGCGUCCUAUGGUGUUCUUCUUGCUUCUUUACUUUUACUAUCCUUCUAUUGAUACUUUGUACUAUUUUCGGUCACCCAACUCUGUUGAGUAUCUUCUCGUUGUUGUUUUGGGUCAAAGUUUCCAAUAGUGGCUUGCCCUUGGUAGGCUUGAACAAACCUCAUCCACGUCAUAUGUCUCGAUUGAUGCCUGCAUAUGGCCUCAUAGUCUGGGUUCUUAGUGGCUUAACUGAACGUGUCUUACUUAUCCUUAACUAGCCGCUUCCUCUGGAUGACACCUUACACUAUGCUGCUCCCACUCAGAGUGGGGCACCUUGGGUAAGGUAACUUAAUGAUUUCCUCCUCUUGGUAAUGUUUUUCCUCUUCGUACUGCACUAUGCAUUUUCUUGAACCCGAGUCACCUACACAUAUUCUCUUCCUUCAUCGGAACUUUCAUGUGCUUCCUCGAAUUCUCUGCCAUUCACUAGAACAUUUAUUGAACAUUCCACUUACUUGUCUAUACUCGGUUGGCUUAAUGACUUACUCUAUAGCUAGUUCCGAGACCUCACCUCUUAGCCCUCUAGUUCCAACUUAGUGGAGAGGUUCCUCCUUCUGUCACCCCUCAUGUACCCUAGGAGGCUAGGUGUUCCCUCUAUUUAAGAGAGGACAAUCCCAUAACGGAUCAUCACGAAGUCUUGCAUUCCCCUUUCAACGGUCCCAACGACCUCAUGACCUUUCGUGAUCUGGGUAGUUUGUAGGGUCUCUACUAUCCUCCUUCCAACUUGGUGUUAUCUUGGUAUCCAACUCACGCACUUCUGAGAAGUGGUUCUCUAUUCGUACUGCCAUCUACUAGCUAACUGUUAUUCUCUCUCACAUUCCAUGUCUUUUAUUAUGUAUUUAAUCCCCACUGUCUUCUACCAGGCAUGCUUUAGCAUUUGGUGGCACUUUCCUCCACGUCUCGUCCAAUGGUGAUCUUACUGAGACCAUAACUUUCCCUCUACAUCAUUUAUCUCGUUGCUUGUCUUGUUCCUUCUAAAGGCUUGUCAUCGGCCUAACUCCCCAGGAUUAUGUACCCUCUUCUCCAGUUACGGGGUUUAUCCAUAGGGGUUCCUUCAUCGUCAUAUGUAAACAACCAUGCGUCCUAUCCUUCUUAAACUAUUGAAUUUUGACGUCCUUUCAGACCCCCCCUCUAACCUACUUAUUUCCUCCUUUACCUCAUUUAUACUACCCUAGCUUGUCUUGAAGUCUAAGCUUUCCACUGCUCUUUGUCACUGUGUUGUAAUAGCGUUGAGCCAUCGACCACAAAAACUAGUUGAGGGACUUCUCGGGGUAUGACUCACUUCUACUGUCACUCUAGGAAUUGGCCAAGUGAAACCACUUCCUAAAGUGUAGUAUAGCGGGUUUGGGUUUAAAUGUCAACCCGGGUCCUAGAUUUGAUGACUACUCGGUGAAUUCUUGUUAUCUAGCAAUGAAACUUUAAUGCAAGUCUAAACGAACAAACAAGCAAAGCAACUAAACGGUUGUUUUCAGGUUAAGAGAGGUCACCCGUAUAUGGUUCCCCCUAGACUGCAGUUAAGCCAGAUUGCAAUUACCAAGUUCAGUUUCUAUGAUAGUUAUACUGCGGAAGGUUCUUAAGCAGCCUGAAGUCUCGACUAAAGGUCUUCAGACCCUCUCAAUCUGAGUCUCUAGCGGGCGACUAACCUCCACCGGAGUAAACAGAUUGAGGCCCUACGAACAAAACCUCCACUACCGAAGUGAAUUCGGUACAGAAUAGUGAGUUGGCUCCUUGACUAAAGUCACCAACUCCCUACCUUCAAUCAAGGAUGCUCUAUCAACCUAGGCAGAUAUUCUCAUUCUAGGUUAAAGCAGAAACAACAGGAAUUUGAUCAGGAUUCAAGCCAUUCAAACCUCAAUUGAAUAUAAUCAAAUCAUAGAAUCAGUACUUGGGUUCAUACAAUCAAACCUAACAUACAAAACUAGGGUUCUCCAUACCCAGAUGAAUGGGAGAACUACUCCAUGGAGAAAGAAGCAAAAGCAGAAUCAGACGCGGAAAUCAAACUAUGAAGGAUGGAUUUCUGCUCCUGGACGUUGAUCGGCACUUCUCCAAGCUCAAGCCAAGCUCCAAUGGUGAUGAAGAUCAAGCUAGGGCACUUGGGAACUCUUGCUCGUCGCUUUCUCUCUCUAGGAAUCGCUCUCUCUCUAAAACUCGAAUCCCCUUCUGUUUUGGCUGAAAUCUGCUUAAAAGGGCAUCACUGGGCAAAACACGGUCGAGGGCACGGCUGUGCUUUGCUCCAGCCCGCCCGUGCUUUGCCAAGGGUUAAUUACACGGCCAACCUGUUGGGAGAAACACGACCGUGCUUUUGUGGGACACGGCCGUGUUCUGUCUCAGCCCUGCCCGUGUUUUGAGCUCGUGUUUGCCAAACUCAGAUCAAGCCUCGGCAGUAAAAGCACGGUCUAGGAACACGGCCGUGUUCUGAUUUAGGCGUGCCCGUGUUUUGGCUCCAGCUCGACCGAAUGACUUCCGAAUGCCCCGAAACUCGUGCUUAGCCUUUCCUUUGACGCCUGGGACCUGAAAUAUGACAAAGUAGCACAACCCGGCGUAAAAUAGGCCAAAAAUACACGACUAUGCCCCUCAAAUGGAUAAGAACUAGGGGUGCAAAUACGUGCAAUUACAUCAUUAUCAAAUUCCCCCACACUUAACCGUUUGCUUGUCCCCAAGCAAACCUAACUCAAACCAAUGCAACUCUCCAGACCUCUAUAGCAACAAACAACCCAGAUCGUAGGUAGAGGACUUCCUAGAUCAUUUAGCAGCUUACGAGGUCAACCGACGCACAAGUCAUCUCAUAGCUUCUUCGGUGAGAGCACUAGUAUCGAGUCGGCAUCAUGGCAAAUAGUGAACAGAGGACAAAUGAAUCGUGGAUGAAGAGAUUCUAAAAAACAAAGGAUCAUGGA